AUGGUUGCCUUCUCGACAGGCUGCCCAUCGAACGCCGAUGAUCAGUUCGGCCCUCGCGUCGACACGUCCUGCCGCUUCUUCGACUUCACCUUGCUCUUCGAAGAUGCCUUCUUCGUUGUCCUUCCGGCCGUCCUCUUCCUGCUGCUGCUACCAUGGCGGCUCGUCCACCUCUACAGAUCUCCCGUCAAGGUGACCUCGUUCGCACUGGCAACCUGGAAACUGGCAAGUGCUGCCAUCGACAUUCCGUUCCCGACUCAUGAGCUGAUGGAUACUGCUGUGCUCCCUCAGGUCCUCAUGAUGCUCCUACUCGUCCUUCACUUGAUCCACCUCGUAUUGGUGUUGCAGCACCCUGCCCUGCACACGAGCCUGGCUGUACCAUCGGCCGUCCUCGCCGCCAUUGCCGUCUUCGCCGCCGCCAUCUUGUCUUUUCUUGAAGACCAGCGUUCGCUCCGGCCGUCGGACAUGCUCGCCCUGUACUUCUCAGCUUCCGCUCUGCUGUGCCUGCCUCGACUGCGGUCCCUCUGGCUCUUGCCGAUCGCGACGGCGCCCAAGGCGGUAUGGACGGUGGUCUUUGCUCUGACUCUCGCCGUCAUCGUCCUUGAAUCCCUUCGCAAGACCCGCUCCCUCCGUCCCCAAUUCCGAGAUUUGGCAAUGGAGCAGGCCGCCGGCUUCUGGGUCCGAGGCUUCUUCACCUGGCUCUUGCCCUUCUUCCGCGUCGGCUACAAGAAGUGCCUCGAGCUUGAUGACAUCCCCAAACCUGGUGCCGAUCUUGAAGAGGCUGCCGCCAGCGCGAAGCUUGAUGCCGCCUGGAGCAACGUCACAGGACGCCAUCGACUCCUUCGCGCCACCGUCUUGGCCAACUUGUGGCCGAUACUGUCCGCCGUCCCACCCCGCAUAGCGUUGGCAUGCUUCACUUUCUGCCAGCCUUUCCUCAUCGAGAGGGCUGUAUCGAAUUUAGAUGCUCGCCAGGACGGCCAUCGAUCCGAAUAUGCCUGGGCUCUCGUCGGGGCUUUCGUUCUCGUCUACAUCGGCAUCGCGGUUUCUCGAGCCUUGUACAAGCGCCAGACAACCCGGCUUCUUACCAAGAUGCGUGCUGGUCUUGUCUCCAAGAUCUACCGCGUCACCCUGACCUUCUCACUUGCCGACGUCAAAGACUCGGCCGCCAUCACCCUCAUGGGCACCAACGUCGAGAGGAUAACGAGCUCCCUCGGUCAGUUUCAUGAAGUCUGGAUUUCCCUGCCCGAGAUGGCAGUUGCGAUAUGGCUCUUGGCUCGCCAGAUAGGCGUCUCCUGCGUCGUACCGCUGAUCAUCUGUCUAGCAUCCGUUGCUGGCGCAUCGUAUAUUGGACGCCGUUUCGGUCCAGCUCAAAUAACUUGGAUAAAGGGCGUGCAGAAGCGAGUUGCCGUCACUGCAAAAAUGCUCAGCAACAUGAAAGCCGUCAAGGUGCUCGGUCUGACCGAUGCCAUGGACGACAUCAUCACGAAGCUGCGGCAGGAGGAACUGCAAGCAUCCGAGCGCUUCCGCAAACUGUUGAUAUUUCAAAUCAUGACGGGAAACGCCCCGACUCUUCUGUCCCCCUUUGCUACUUUCUUGACAUACGCCCUCAUCGCCAAGGUCCAAAACGACGACGCUCUUCUCGCUGGCAAGGCAUUCACGUCGAUUUCUCUGAUGAGCCUUGCCACCGAUCCUCUGAUUCAACUUUGCCAGGUGAUACCAACCUGUAUGCAGGGCAUAGCUUGCUUUGGAAACAUUGAAGAGUAUUUUCUGAGGGAGCAGAUGGAAGCAACACCACCUUCAUAUGCGGACCACGCACGUGACGACGUCGAGAUGAAGACGCAUCCGCCUCCUUCCUCGGGGGAGACCUUGUUCUCGCUCGUCGAUGCAGAGAUUGCUUGGCCCCAGGAAGAUGCCAAGAGCAUCCUGCACAGCGUCAACCUGAACAUCGUCCCCGGCUUCACAUCCAUUACCGGCCCCGUUGCAUCAGGGAAAUCCACGUUGCUGGCCACCAUGCUUGGUGAAACAACUCUGAGGCGAGGCACGAUGUCGGCGAGAUUGGCUGGCGUUGCCUACUGCUCUCAAACCCCUUGGAUCACGGACGAGACGAUACGUCGCAACAUUACAGGAGACCUCGGGUUCGAUGAAAAAUGGUACAAUUUUACCAUCGACCUUUGCUGUCUUCAGAACGAUCUCAAGCGCCUGCCCAGUGGAGAUCAGACGACGUGUGGCAGCAACGGCGCUUCGUUGAGUGGUGGACAGCGUCAACGAGUGGCACUUGCACGCGCCGUCUAUUCCAAGCUUCCAAUCGUUAUCCUAGAUGACGUCACGAGCGGAUUAGAUUCCGCAACAACUGGCAUCCUGCUUGCUCGUCUCUUCAGCGAAGCUGGCCAUUUCCGCAAGGCUGGCAUAUCCGUCAUCAUCGCCACUCACAGCCAACGAUUUCUGUCCUACAUGGACUCUAUCGUAGUCCUUGGUAACGGCGGCAUAGUCGACGUCGGCUCACACGAGCAGGUAAUGUCGAAGCUCGGCAAUCUCACAGCGCAAGCGGAACUUGCCGUCGACGCUACAUCUCAUACUGUCGCCGGAACGGCUGGCAAGGAGGAGCCAGAGAAUACCGAGGCCUCGGAAUAUGCAGCCGACGAUGCCGCUGCUUCAGACAAGGGGGGCAGCCAAAGGAAAAAUGGAAACUGGUCCGUGUAUUCGUAUUACGCAAAGAGCGCCGGUGCGCUCUCCAUUACAGCGCCCUUCAGCUUCUUUCGCAAGACUGACGCCGGCUCUAUUACGAAUCGCUUCAGCCAGGACAUGGACCUUAUCGACAUGUCGCUCCCUGCGCAGACAAUUGCGUUUACAACUGCAUCUGCAGCGUGCCUCGCUCAACUCAUCCUCAUUUGUAUCGUCGGCAAGUAUCUUGCGGCCGCCAUCCCGGUUCUUGUUGGCAUCUUAUUCGUCGUCCAGAAAUACUACCUGCGCACUUCCCGUCAGGUGCGACUUGUGGAUAUCGAGGCCAAGGCCUCCAUAUACAAGCUAUUCAUCGAAACGACUCAGGGACUCCCUACCAUUAGAUCUUUCGGCUGGGGCCCAGCAUUUGCGAAGCGAAAUGCGGACGUCCUGAACUCUUCGCAGCGACCUAUUUACAUGCUAUUUUGCAUCCAGCUAUGGCUCGCUCUGGUUCUCGAUCUUGUCGUCGGUGGCCUUGCAGUCCUCAUCGUCGUAUCCGCAAUGGCCGCCACGAGCACCGUCAGCGCCGGCUCUCUCGGCGUGGCCCUCGUCCUCGUCCUGCAGUUCAGCAGCAUGCUGGCGCAGUGUGUUCAGGCCUGGACGCUGAUGGAGACUUCGAUUGGCGCCGUGUCCCGAGUGCAGCAGUUUGUGUUGAACACGCCUUCCGAGCACCCCGGGAGUGGACCACCGCCUCCAGCAUGGCCGGUGCGAGGGGCAAUUGACUUUCAAAGUGUUCAAGCAAGCUACGGGCCCCUGGCGGAACCUGUCCUCCGCGGCAUCAACCUUUCCAUCGCCUCGGGGGAGAAAGUUGCUCUUUGUGGCACUACGGGAAGCGGCAAAUCGUCCUUCAUCAUGGCGAUCCUCUUGAUGAUGGACUUUGGCCAGGGACGAAUCACCAUUGACGACGUCGACACAAGUACGCUUGGAGGCAGAAACCUCCGCUCGCACCUAAACGUCGUGCCUCAGGACCCGUUCUUCAUGCCUGGUUCCGUCAGGCUGAACAUGGACCCGAGAGGCCAGUCGUCCGAUGAUGUUAUUGUGGCUGCCAUCCGCAAGAUUGGCUUAUGGGGCAGGCUCGAGUCAGAAGGCGGUCUCGAUGCGGACCUGGACAUGUCGGAGUGGUCGCAAGGGGAGCAGCAGCUGCUGUGCUUGGCCAGGGCGAUGCUGGUUCCGAGCAGCAUACUCAUCUUGGAUGAGGCCAUGAGCAGGCAUGAUGCUCCCAUUGUUGACGAGGGCACCGAGGCCAUGAUGCAGAGCGUUAUCGAAUCCGAGUUCCGAGGAAGGACCAUUCUCUCCGUGAUGCAUCGCUUCAACCACAUAGCUUGGUAUGACCAAGUGGUCGUCAUGCGAAACGGGGAAGUGGUUGAAUCUGGGUCGCCGCAGUCCUUGUUGGAGACGGACUCGGCUUUCAGCACGCUAUACCAUGCUCAGGCGACUCGGUAG